AUGUUUCCCCUUCGUCCUUUGAGCUUGGCCAUAGCCAUUUCCAUGGCUUCAUCUGCCCUUUCGUUAGAUCUUCCCCAAUAUACGGGUCUAAAAUCCGCCCAGAACGACAGUAUUCUCACCGUCACGCUCCACAAUCCGUCUUCGCCUGUCAAUCUUUGGAACGAGGAUACUCAAAAUGACCUGACUGACUUGGUCUCUCGACUCCAAUAUGAUAAUGAGACCAAGGUUGUCAUCUUCAAUAGCGACGUGCCGAGGCUGUCGCAAGUCACCAUCGGCGUAGUCGAGGGCCGAGCACGAGGCGCUGGAAAUGAGUUCCUCGUUGCCUUGGACAUGCGAUUCGCCACCAAGCUAGACACCGCAUUUGGUCAACCUGAGGUCGGCAGCGGCUUGUUUCCCGGAGGAGGAGGUAGUCAGUUUCUUACGAACUUGAUUGGUAGAGGACGGGCUAUGGAAUACAUCCUUAGCUCCAAUGACAUCGAUGCAGUCGACGCUGCCGAGAUUGGUUGGAUCAAUAAGGCCUUUGACACGUCACGCGAGCUGUACGACUAUGUCGAUAAGCUCGCGCAGAGACUGGCCUUGUUCCCCCUAUCAGCUCUUGCUGGUGCUAAAAGGACUGUUCACCGAGCAUCGCCAUCGCUUGAACAUGUUAUUGCAGAUGCGAGGGAUUUCUUCAAGCAACAACAGGAUCCUUUGAGCGCUCUGCUGCGUUGUCUCGGAACGCGUCUGUUGUGGAUCUGGAGCUCAAUCUCCCCGAUGUCCUCCCUCUUCUGUAUGCCUAAAGUUGAGGGUCAUUCCGGUAGGUCAAAUUGGAGUUAUAGGUGUGCAUUGCACUAUCUAUAUUUUGUCUCGACCCAGUUAGAAUUUAUUGCUUGA